GCAAAAUGGCGGUUGAACUUCCUUCUCUUCGUUCACUGCAAGACUUCGUUACUGACGCCCAGUUUACUGCUCCAACAUUUCGCGACAGGGAUAGAAUGGAGAACAGGAUGAUCAAUAACCUCAUAUAUUAUCAGACCAACUACUUCAUUUGUGCAAUUCUAAUUGUCAUUGUGGUCGGGACAUUGUAUCCAAAGGAUUUGAUCAUUGGUGCUGUCACACUCAUUGUUGCCUUUGUGUUAUUUGGCAUUGCCCAGAGUAAAGAGCCAAGAUUUGCACAUCUGAAGAGUCAGUAUCCCUCCCUGGUACCUAUUGCUGUGGUUGCCUUAGCAAUGCUUGUUAUUUAUGCCCUGGGAUCCACACUGGUAUUCAUCGGGGGGGUGACAUUGCCAAUAGCAGUAAUUCUUCUUCAUGCAGCAACAAGGAAGCGAAACAUAAAAAACAAAUUUGCCAAUACAGUGGAGCUGUUUAAGGAAGAUGUCACACCCAUGACUAUCUUGCUCUCAAAGAUAUGUUCCACCAAAGAAGAAAACAGAUGAAUGGGAAAUUUACUAUAAUUUUUAAAAAAAUUCACUUCUAGUACAGUGGUUUUUAUAUCAAAAAGGAAUGUAUCAAAUUGGUAUUUUUGAUGCUAGUGGCAUGAGUCAUUUUUUGCAUAUGAACAGUUAGUAGUAAGCUGCAAUUUACGAGAAAAACAGCAGUUUAAGGUGGAUUACCCCUCCUUCAAAAAUGAAAACUUUUUGCAUUUGACCUGAUCAGUCUUAGGAAUGCCACAUACAGACAGAUACAAGAUAGAAGGAGCCUGUAGGGGUACGUAACAUAAUUUGAAACAAGUAAAGUCAUACUUUUAAAAUCAGUUACAGAGUCAAAUUAUUUUAAAGUGCAGUCACAAAAUAUAUCAUCUAAUUAUACCCAGGUCUAUUUUUUGAUGUGUAAAAAAACGCGAAUGGAUUCAAUAUUUUGAUUAAUAUUGAGAGAUUUUCUCUAAACAAUACGACUUGUCAUAGAGAAGGUUAGCAUCUGUUAGACUGGGAAUCCAGAAAAAGUUGUCCAUAAGCAUUUAAGCCUGAAGUGUGAAUUCGUUUCUCAGGCUUAACAUUCAGCGGUUACUUUGUUUGCAGUUUAGUGGUUUGCCAAUGGAGAUAAAUUUGUUUCUUAUCGCUCGUUCGUCAAUAUCGUUUUUUCCUUUUCUUGCCUGUAACCUUUCAAACGCGUUGAUUAUCGUUAAGGCCACAAUAGAGGAGAAGGGCCCAAUAUCGAGAUAAGCAGAUGAAAUCUCAGUUUCACAGGCAACGAGCCUUGCAAAGCUCUUCCCUUCUUGCCCUAGUGUCUUAGCUUUGUAGUUAUUGUAAAACGACGUAAUCGCUACAAUUAAG